UUUACGAAUGUAGAGGUUUUUGCUUUUGACCAUACUUCCAAAAUGGAGGAAACGAUGCAGAAGAUUUUAAAAGCGCAAGAUACAAGGACACAACUAUAUAAAGAAUUUGAGGAGUCAUUGAAGGCGAACCAUGAAAAAACAAUUGGAUUAGAGCAGAUGGGGAUCGUCGUCCAACUGGUAACAGAAGGUUUAAAUGAGGUUUCUUUGGAUAUCAGAAAGCUUCAAGCGAAUUUGAGUAGCCCUCAAUUACAGGGUUAUGUGGAUCAACUGCAAGGAUUGGAGCGAUCCAAGCUACAGAAAACAAUAAAAAUCGAACAGUUAUCCCUAUCUUCGGAAACCAGAGAUCAUGAUUCAGAAAUUGAACAGUUGAAAGCAGAGAUAAAUGCUAUAAUUUCGAAGAUCAACGAUACAAUCCAGUGUAUAAAGGACGAACUCUGAGUUAAUAUGAUUUGGCUUUCCUGGGCAUAUUCAACUAGCCAAAAAAUGCGAAUUAAAGAAUCUUCUGUCUACUGUCUCAAUAAGAUUCAAAAAAUAAAACCAAAGAAAAAGAAAAAGAUUUUAUUUGGUUCGGUAUAUUCUACUCAAACAAAUCUACAAGUAUGGCAUUAAUAAAAGAAGUAUUCUGAAAAGGCCGAAACGAAAUUUUAGCAUUCUUUUCUCACAUUAAUUGUAAGCCUUAAUGGGACUUUGCAAUAUUCCAGGAAAUGGUUUAUAAAAGGUAUUUUUGGUUACGAGGACGUGUAUUCACUAAAGAAUGAAUUGGAGUGUUCAUUCCAUAUUUAUGCAAGUUAGAAAAUAAGGAGAUUAUAGAUUUUAUUCUUCUUUGAAAGCCAUAAUUCUUGCAGGACAAAAUUCAGUAAAUUGCCAUUGGUUACCAAGCAUGACCUGAUGAAGAACAGAUGUCAAUGGGGUAUAUCUCUGGUUAAAAGGUUUAAUGGUUUUGCGGAAGCUAGUUAAUAGAAAUAAGAAGACCAUCUGGCCCUGUUCACGCUUUUGUAGGAAUUGAAUAUUGA